UCCUCUAAGAAUAAUUAUGUACACAAAACUAGGCCAUAUUGACGCGGCAAGAACAGUUUCAGUUAAAACUAACGUAGUUGGUCGUUUCGAUCGAGAAGGUAACGCUUCACAUAUGAGAAUUGCUCUAUGUUGAUAAAUUUAUCGGUUUAGCGAAACAUUGCGUAUUGUAGAGGACAAAGAAAGACCACUUCCAUUCACGGUACGUUGUGUUUGCGAGGCCUCUCACAAGAUUGUCAUUCUUCAGCGAGUUCUUUUGAUCUCUCACAAUGAGCAUUGCAUAAAUAAUUGAAGCGUAAUUAGUCUCCUUAUUCAGAAUGUGAUUGCUUUGCUUUUGGCAAAUGAGAAGAAAACUGCGUUCUUCUACCCUCAACAAACAUCUCAGGAGGCCUUUAAAGCUUUCAUGUUUGGCAUCGUUAUACUUUUUGAACAGCCAGAAGUGAAUUUUCUAAACAGGGUACAGCCACAGUAUGGAAAGCACAAUCAUUUUAAAGAAAUGCAGAAGUGGUCUUGGAAUGAAAAUUGGUGGUGGCCAAGCUUCAGAUGGUACAUUUACUGGUAUAUUUGUGAAGAAGAUAUUAAUUGGAGGGGCUGUUGCAACUGAUGGUACCUUGUCAGAAGGUGAUGAGCUAUUAAGUGCAAAUGGAGAGAGCCUAAAAAACUGUACCAACGACCAAGCUGUAUCCGUCCUAAGGAAUGCAGCUCAAAGUGGAACAGUCAAAAUAGUCUUUAAAAGGGAUGCUGACUCCAGGGAGAGACUUGAGAAGUUGUUUCCAACAUCAGAAGGGGCAUUGUAUUCUAAACUACGACAACUGAGUCUUGAUAAUUCAAAUGGUGGCUUAAGCCGCAGUGACUCCAUGUCUUCACAGGUCUCAACUACCUCAUUGGAAAAACGUGCUUGGGUCUACACAGGCAAGACUAUGUCACCAGCACCAUUCACAGAAACACAAAAUCGUGGAUCUUUAGAUAAACACAGCCUCGCACGUAUGGGGGCCCUGGAUCUUCCUCUUAGUCCAAGAGAACGGGAUUUUCAAUCCACAGAAGGCAGUCAUAACAGCAACCAGCGUUUAAACACCAGUCAGCUGAAGAAAGCCGCAACUGAACUGGACCGAGCAUCCUCAUUUGAUUCUGGCUUUCCAUCAAGCGGCCAUUAUUCAUCGCCUGAUUUUAUAGAAAAGGGCGUAUCAGAUAUUACACCCGUUAUCAAAAUAGAAAUCCCUGCGAAGUCAAAUCUUGGAAUAAGCAUUGUUGGCGGCAAAAAUAAGCCUGAAGGACCUCAUAUAUACGUAAAAGAAGUAAUCCAAGGCUGUGACGCAUAUUUGGAUGGUCGAAUACGAAAAGGCGAUCGCAUCAUCUCAGUUAAUGGUGAAUCGUUCAAUGACGUCACAUACGAACAAGCACGUUCAAUACUUCUGCGACUCAAGCUACAGAGAGAUCUUACUCACUACGAUAUAAAGUACGUGGUUAAUUCAGAUCAUGUCAGUUCUCCGAGACUCCAUCAACUGACAGUUACUCCCAAAAGUCGAGAAAUUGCCAACACCAGAGUUUCCAAUGGCUUUUCUCCUACUAUGGGAGAGCAAACGAUCAUUCAAGAAUCCCCACCAAUCGAGAGCUUUAUAUCACAAUCUUCAGAUGAGGAAGCAGUUGUUAAAGAGUUAAUGAAAAUGAUGGAGAAGUCAGAUGAAUACGAAAUUUCAAUGAACACUGAUGCUUUGUCAAAAGCAAGAGCUGAUGUUUUGGAAAGACACCUUGAAGAUGCUUCUUACUCGGAAACAUAUGAACCGUUGAGAUCAGAUUUACAUUAUCUUGAAGAAGCAUCUCCUGAAUCAAAUGGAACAGUGUUCAAACCUGGGAAGUUCUCAAGUCCUGCUGUUGAGAAUGGAGUGCCUCAUGUCCAUCAAAAUGAUAGCCCAGCGGAAAGAAAAACGAUAUCACAGUAUUUGGACGAGGACAUGAAUGACACUUAUUCCCCCCGUUUAGUGUCGCCUGUUUCCAGCAGAAAGACUGGUCGUAGAAGCCGUGGACGGAGGCUAUCUCUUGACCCAAUGACAAAGCUUAGAGUUGAAAAACUUGAAGGGGCCUUAAAUUACCUUGGUUUCGAAGCCACACCGUCUAAAAUCAAUGAAAUUCGAAUGAGGGUUAGAGUCGAUCCUAACGGAUUCGUGACAUACGGAGACUUUGUCGACGCUGCACGCGAAGUCUAUGAUGUUCGACUGGAUGACCGAUCAAAAACCUUGAAUGCUAGUGCGCUCCAGUUCGCAAUGAGAGACAUCGAAGCUUCGGAACAGCGUGAAAGAAAAUUGCAUCACGUGGUACCGAACAAACAGCGACAGCAACAUAUUCAGGAAAUUCCAGAAGAAGAGUACCCGAAGAAAGAGCAGCAACAACUACUUCAAUCUCAAUCGAAUCAUUCAGUUGGUAAUGGCAAUUCGUCUCGACUCACAUUAAAAGACAUUGAAGCCAUAGAGCGGGAAGAAUUGAAUAUGAUUGCUCGAAGAGAGACCGAUCGUUUAGGAGAGAUGCAAGCAGCUAAUCGUCGCAUUCAGGAUGACCUUGCUCGUGUUUCACGGGAACGAGACGAUAUUCUCCGUGAGCUGCAAUUCUUUAAACGCCAACUCAAUGAAAAAAAUAACAAUACAUCUGACAUUGAAGACCAACUGAACAGAUCUCGCCAGGAGGUUGCAAACACGCAUCGAGAAGUUGGAGAGCUGCGAGUUCGCACACAUCUUGUGAGCACUGCACUACAAGAAGCAAAACAAAGAGAACAGCAAUAUGAACAGAAAAUAAAAAACCUUUCGGAAGAAUUAGAGGAGGUAAAGUCCAAGAACAAUAAUGGGGGUCCAAAACAGCGUGAAUUCAACGAAUUGCAAAAACGACUAGUUGUACUAGGGUGUCAGCUUCGGAAAACUGAAGUGAGCAAGCGGACUUAUGAAGUUGCGGUUGAAAAACUUACAAAAUUUGCUGAGCACGUCCACGAUUCAACUGAUGUUCAACGAACGCCUACCCAAGGCAGUCGAAGAGGCUCUACAAGCAAAGGAAAAUCUCCUAAUUAUGAAACUCUUGCCCAAGAGGCGCGGGACACAGUAAGGGCUGUAAAACUUCUGCUGGAGGAAGAACCACUUCCUUUUGGUUGGGAAGAAGUAUAUGCUCCUGAUGGAACCCGAUACUACAUCAAUCAUGUCACCCAGACUACGUCGUGGCUGCAUCCAGUUUCCGGCGUCCAACACACAGGGUCAGAAAAUGGAAUCGAACAUCCGCCGACAGAUCAAAAAUUCUAAUUCAGUUUCUAAGCAAAUCGUCUCACCUUUCUACUUUUAAAAGCUUUGAAAUAAGAUAGAAACAUCUAUUUUAUGGUGAUAUAUAAGACCUGAGUUCAGGACCGAAUGAUACUUGAUAGAACUGGACUGAGGUACUAGUACAUCUACCAGAAAUGUUUUACACAUACUGUUUCUAAUUACGGCAAAAUCAUCAAGGUAGUGUGUGCAUAUAAUAGGCAUGCAUAAUGGGGCGUUGCUUAAUCGAAGCCAAUCACCAUACAAGAAGCUUAGUCUAAACCACUAUGUUAGUUAAAGGCUCUUGAGCAACCGGCAUGCUUAGCGGCAGCUGUCUCAAGAAAUUGACUUUGUUUUGUAUUUUCAUGCAGUACGGUAUUAGGCCGGUUUUGAAAUUAUCGUUGCAAAGCAUGCCGGUUGCGCAAGAGCCUUUAACGAUACGUUUUAUACGCAGUACAGGGCGCUUUGAAUAAAGUGCCUUGCCCCACUCUCCAUAGUAAGCCACCAAUGCUAUUUACGUUAAAAUUGUAUAUAUGUAAACUGUCUUUAAGUUCAUAUGUAGAGCGUUUUAAAUGUAAUUUUUAACUUUUUUGUGAUGCCACGGGGUAGUAAUGGUAUAUUGCACUCCGUGGUAUCGUUCUUAUGAAAUUGUAAAGUUUUUUGACGUAGAGAUACUAGUAUUGUAAAUUUUGUUGAUGUAAAAGAAAAAAGCUUUGUGAAAAAGUUUCUGAUGUGAAAAUUUGUAUGCUUUAAACAUAAGUGCAAACAUUUUAUUGGCCAGUCCAGCAAGUCCGGCGUAAAAUCACCACGCCUUUGAAAAUAUUUUGUAAUAAGUUAAAUAGGUGGAGCUAUGCUUGUUUUAUUCAGCAUCACGUUCCAUCUCUCUUGUCGAAUUCUAGAUCUGAAUUGUUCUAUAACAUUAACGCUUUUUUCCUUUAACCUAAACUUUAUGAUAAACCUCAACCAAAGUCGACCCCAUUCAACUGAAAUUUUUCGAUCAAAUGCUGCACAGUCCUAGUAAAGUUUAUGUCUUCAUAUAAAAUGUCCAGACCAACCCUCUUUUGUGUUUCUUAAGUGUUGCCGACUUAAGAAAUUCAUGGAAGUAUAUUGUAAACAGUAAUUGUCCUUUUUUACCAGUAACUGUUGUAUUACUCGUAUUUACUCCAAAUUUUUAUGUCGUAUUAUGUGAUUUGAAUGAUAGAGUUUUGUAAAAAUAUACAAAUAGGCUUAGAACUGCAUUAUCAAGGGUGAUCAAAAUGUUAUGUUAUUCAGUAUGUUGCGGUAGAUUUAUUUAACAAUUCUUUUCAUACUCCAAACCACAGCUACUUAAUUAAGUUUUCGACUUUUUUUGGAAACUGGUUCAAAAUUCCAGUGUUUGCUACGUCUACGCCAUUCUUAAUUGCACUGUCUGCUACAAUUGUUGCCAUACUGUGACUUCAAUGGGCUAAAAUUGUGGUAAAAUUUACCCUUCCCGUUACCUUAGGCACAUUUAAACAGUUUUACAGAAAGGUUUUUCUUGGGAACAAAAAGUGUCACUGAGUCACCGGGUGGUACCAAAGUAAGCUCUGGAAAGCCAAAAAUAAGGUUCCUUAAGGACUAAAAAUACGUACAGACAGAAGUGGCACCAUGGGGAGGACUGGGGAAGACUUUCCCUCCCCAAUAUUUACUAAGAUCCAUUUUCUAUUUUGUAUAAAUCUGAUAGGAAAAUUUUAGGGGGGGGGGUAAGGAGAGGUCUAUUUGCCUUCAUUGCUUGAAGUAUUCAGCCAUAAUGAUUUCUAGAUACUGGCACUGCCUCUUGAUCAUGUGAAGAACCCACAAUAUCUGUAUGGUGAUAAUCUAAACAGUCAGCUUUAAUUAUAACAAGAUGUUAAAUUUUUUACCUUUGAAUUUGCUCGCUCUAAAACUGGGACUGUCUAGCCUGUCUUCUUCAAAAAGUAUUCAGUCUCACUCAAAUAAGUAAUAUUUUUCAUUAAUAUCUGAUUGCUACCAAAGGUAGUACUUUUAAGUAUCAACUCUGUUGCAAUCUGUUAAGAGAGUCACCUUACCAGCAAAUUUGCAAUCAAAGGAAAACCAUUGAAAGUCUGUGUAAAUUGACCUUUACUCUAAGGUCCUUCGUAGAAGGGGGGAUACUAAUUAAUUUUGUGAUUCUUUUCUGACCCCUACGGAGCUUAUUUGGACUUAUUAAUUUUUAUAUGCAAUCAUUCAUAUCCCUUAUUUCAUUUGUCCUUUGUUCUUUCAGGGGUGAAAUUUCUGUAAAAUUUCCCUUAAAUGAAGAGGUUGCAUUGUACAAAAGUUUUAACAUAGAAAAGUAGUAUAACAUCCAUAAAAAUUUACAUCGGCCUGGCUGAUGUACACAACGAUGAUUAGCCUGCUCAUUUUAGUAAUACAAUAAUGCAUUAUUACAUGGUGAUUAUUGUCAUUUUGCUAUUGAUUGUAUUCAGAAGAAAAUCUCGUUUGACCCCAAAAAAGAAUCAUUAUUCUUAACCAUUUUUGAAAAAUUUAUGACCCCCCCUCCAAAUAUCAAGACCCCUCUUCUAUUAAGGACCUUAGAGUAUUGCUUGUUGCCAAAAUUGAAUGUGAAAGGCAUAACAUUUUUAAUGUAUAAUUUUUAAGAAAGCAGCUUUUGUUCUUAUAAGAAUUUACAUCAAGCAAGCUUUCCAGCAUUAAUUCAAAAAGCGUUUUGGUAAUUCUUUGUGCAAUGAUAAAUUGUCUGCUGUACAAACCGCCAUCUAGCAUGAACCAAAGACAAAGUAUGUAUUACAGCUUUUUUCUGAUCACUAAAGCAGUUUGGACUAAGGUGUCUUAUUAUUUCAACACUUUGUGUCAUUUUUUCAGUCUAUAAAAGUGUUACCUAUCGUGUCUCUACUAAUGACUGUAAAGACAAAAACUUCAUGCAAUGUUUGCUUAACGACAGGACAGCUUUAGUAAAUCACAGUUUAGUUAAC